ACAGCCAUGUUCACCACCAUAACCGCCCUCACCUUAACUUCCCUAAUCCCCCCCAUUACCGCUACCCUCAUCAACCCCAACAAAAAGAACUCAUACCCCCACUAUGUAAAAACGGCUAUCGCAUCCGCCUUUACUAUCAGCCUUAUCCCAACAACAAUAUUUAUCUGCCUAGGGCAAGAAACCAUCAUCACAAACUGAUGUUGAACAACCACCCAAACACUGCAACUCUCACUAAGCUUUAAACUUGACUACUUCUCCAUAACAUUCCUCCCCGUAGCACUGUUCGUCACCUGAUCUAUUAUAGAGUUUUCACUAUGGUAUAUAGCCUCAGACCCAAACAUCAACCAAUUCUUCAAAUACCUCCUCAUCUUCCUAAUUACCAUAAUUAUCCUAAUCACUGCCAACAACCUACUCCAACUCUUCAUCGGCUGAGAGGGCGUAGGAAUCAUAUCCUUCCUACUCAUUAGUUGAUGAUAUGCCCGAACAGACGCCAACACAGCAGCCAUUCAAGCAAUCCUAUACAACCGUAUCGGCGACAUUGGCUUCAUCCUGACCCUAGCAUGAUUCCUCCUACACUCCAACUCAUGAGAACUACAACAAGUAUUCCUCCUGAACAAUAACCCCAACCUCCUUCCACUACUAGGACUCCUCCUAGCCGCAGCUGGCAAAUCAGCCCAACUAGGCCUUCAUCCCUGACUACCCUCAGCCAUAGAGGGCCCAACCCCAGUCUCCGCUUUACUUCAUUCAAGCACCAUGGUCGUAGCCGGAAUCUUCCUACUCAUCCGCUUCCACCCCCUAAUGGAAAACAACCCACCAAUUCAAACCCUUGCACUAUGCUUAGGAGCUAUUACCACUCUAUUCGCAGCAAUCUGCGCCCUUACACAAAACGACAUUAAGAAAAUCGUAGCCUUCUCCACCUCAAGUCAACUAGGGCUUAUAAUAGUCACAAUUGGCAUUAACCAACCACAUCUGGCAUUCCUCCACAUCUGCACCCAUGCCUUCUUUAAAGCCCUCUUAUUCAUGUGUUCUGGAUCCAUCAUCCACAACCUCAACAACGAACAAGACAUCCGAAAAAUAGGAGGACUACUCAAAACCAUACCCCUAACCUCAACCUCCCUCACUAUUAGCAGCCUAGCCCUCGCAGGAAUACCCUUCCUUUCAGGCUUCUACUCCAAAGACCUUAUCAUCGAAACCGCAAGCAUAUCAUACACCAACGCCUGAGCCCUAUCUAUCACUCUCAUCGCCACCUCCCUAACAAGCGCCUACAGCACCCGAAUAAUCCUCCACACCCUUACAGGCAAACCCCUCCUCCCAACCCCGAUCUCUAUCAACGAAAACAACCCCACUCUGCUUAACCCCAUUAAACGCCUCAUGACGGGAAGCCUAUUCACAGGAUUUCUUAUCACCAGCAACAUCCCCCCUACCUCCCUACCCCAAACAACAACCCCCCUUUACCUUAAACUCGCAGCCCUAACUGCCACCCUCCUAGGUCUCCUAGUAGCCCUAGACUUAAACUACCUAGCCAACAAACUCAAAGUAAAAACCCCUCCACCCGCAUUCUACUUCUCCACCAUACUCGGAUUCUACCCCAACAUCAUCCACCGUAUAAUCCCUCACCUAAGCCUUCUCAUAAGCCAAAACCUAUCCCUACUCCUACUAGACCUGACUUGACUAGAAAAACUAAUACCCAAAGCAAUCUCACAGCACCAAACCUCAGCCUCCACCACCAUUUCAACCCAAAAAGGUAUAAUCAAACUCUACUUCCUCUCUUUCCUCAUCCCACUCCUCCUAACCCUCCUUAUAAUCUCAUAA